AGAGGAGAAACUUGGGGGUGUCUGUGUGUGACAGCAGUCAGAGAGGACUAUGUGUGUGUGGAUCAGGUCGUGUUAGAGUUAGUCAGCCUGUAUGUGUUAUUGCGUGUGUGGAUCAAAGUGUGUUAAAGUGUGCAUUUGUCUGUUUGUGUGUGUGUGUGUAGUCAUGUCUGAGAAGUUAGUGUGUGUGGCUGACUAUGAGUCUAUGGCCAAGAGAGUUCUACCAAAAGCUGUGUUUGACUACUACUGCUCUGGAGCUGACCAGCAAGAGACCUUGGCAGAUAACACUGCUGCUUUCUCCAGGUGGCGUUUGUUCCCUAGGGUACUGAGGGAUGUGUCCCGCGUGGAUCUGAGUGUUAGUGUUUUAGGUCAGCGAAUCAGCAUGCCUGUGUGUGUCGGGGCAACCGCAAUGCAGAGGAUGGCCCACCCUGACGGAGAGACGGCCACCGCCAGAGCAACCAGAGCGGCAGGGACGGGGAUGAUGCUGAGUUCCUGGGCCACCUCUACCAUAGAGGAAGUGAGGUCAUCAGCUGGCGACGGCCUGCUCUGGAUGCAGCUGUACAUCUAUAAGGACCGCGACCUCACCCUGUCAUUGGUGCGCCGGGCUGAAGAGGCGGGGUAUAAGGCCAUCUUUGUUACCGUGGAUACGCCCUACCUCGGAAAGAGACGAGACGACGUGCGCAACCGCUUUAAACUUCCCCCUCACCUGAAGAUGACUAACUUUGGUUCGGCAGAGCUGGCGUUCUCCAGUGCUGAGGGUUACGGUGAGGACAGUGGGCUGGCUGUCUAUGUCGCUCAGGCUAUCGACCCUACUCUCUGCUGGGAACACAUUGCUUGGCUGAAGAAAAACACACACCUCCCUGUGGUCGUCAAAGGUGUCCUGAGAGCUGAAGAUGCACUAGAAGCAAUUAUCCACGGUGUAGAUGGGAUCCUGGUGUCUAACCACGGAGCAAGGCAGCUAGACGGGGUCCCAGCUACGCUGGAUGUGCUGUCUGAGGUGGUGUCAGCAGUAGCAGGGAGGUGUGAGGUGUACCUUGAUGGAGGGGUGAGGAGGGGGACAGACGUCCUGAAGGCCUUAGCUCUGGGGGCUACAGCUGUCUUCCUCGGACGGCCUGUACUCUGGGGGCUCGCCUGCCAGGGGGAGCAGGGUGUCAGUGAUGUUCUGGAGCUCAUGAGAGAUGAGCUACACCUGGCGAUGGCCCUGGCAGGAUGUUGUUCACUGGCAGAGGUUAACAGAUCCCUCGUCAGAAGACCUGAAUUCACCUCCAGAAUCUGAAGAAGCUGAUACACGCAAAUUGGGUUUGAAGGCACCAGCCAUGUAAAACCUGGUUAAAUUAAUUUAACCAAUUAGUAAAUUGUAGUAAUUAUCACUGCUUUGAUAGUUUCCAAAGCACUACGAAUUGGAUGUAAAAUACUCAUGACUGUCCGAAAUGACUAUCACCACCUGAUGUAAUUUGAAGCCUCAUUAAAUCAUGUUUCUUUCCAAUA